AUGAUGUCGGGAAGAGGGGCGAAAAAACGCGGGAGGCCCCCAAAAUCUGGAAAUAUUGAAAAAAAUAGAAAAUUUCAAUUUCAUCUUUUGAAAAAACCAAAAUAUUUACAAUCGCAAAAUGUUGGAUCUGGCUCCCUUGCUAGUACACCAUCAGCAUCCAGAGCGUCGUCUCCCCAAGGAAGCGAUAUAAGUAGACGUAGUACUAGGAAACAAAGAGGUGGAAAAACUCAUAAAAGUAAAAGAGGUGGUUUAUCCAAUGCUUAUUCCCGAAGAGGAUAUAAUCCACAAGCGGCUGAUUUUCAUGAAUCGGAAUAUCACUAUGGAUCCGAUUUUGGGGAUGAUUUUAGUGAUAGAUCCGAUCCAGAAGAAGAUCGAGGCAGUGAUAGCUCCGAAGGCAGUAUAGCAGGUGAUGGAGCCGCUAGUGAUAGUGACUUUUCUAUUACUAGUUGUAGUUCUACCGGUGGUACUCCUCGAAAAAUUAAUAGUAACCUAAUUCGUCCUCCUAGUCCUGACCCCUUAUGGCUGCAGCAAGAACGAAAAAUUCCACCUUUGGAACUGCCUGCUUCAUCUGAAGAUUUAAUAAUCCCUCACAAGUUAGUUUUACAAAUAGUGGGUAUAUAUGAAGUGUUAAGGCACUUCAGGCAUCUUGUACGAUUAUCUCCAUUUCGCUUGGAAGACUUGUGUGCAGCUGUUAGUUGUGAAGAUCAAAGCAGUCUCUUAAUAGAAAUUCAUAUUAUGUUGCUUAAAGCUUUAUUAAGGGAGGAAGAUGCACAACAAACCCAUUUUGGUCCCUUAGAUCAUAAAGACAGUGUAAACAUUACUUUGUUUUUAUUGGAUGUGAUGACUUGGCCAGAAGUUUUAAGGGUUUAUGUUGAAAGUGACAAAUCAUUUGACCAAAAUGUAGCCAAAAUUUUGAACUCCUGUGAAUACCCUUUUACAUCAGUGGAAGACCGUGUGGCUGUAUUACAGUUUCUGUGUAAUCAAUUUUUAAUUACAAAUCCAGUACGUGAUGAUCUUAUUAGUGAAGUUCCUAUUCAUUAUGAUGACCAUUGCCGAGUUUGUCAUCGGCUUGGAGAUCUGUUAUGCUGUGAAACUUGCCCUGCAGUAUUUCAUCUGGAGUGUGUCGAUCCUCCUCUUGUUGAUGUACCUUCUGAAGACUGGCAAUGUGCUUUAUGCAAACAACACAAAACAAUUGGUGUAACAGAUUGUCUGCCUGAUGCGGAGAAACAAGGACUAUUAUGUAGACAUGAACAUUUGGGCUUUGACAGACAUGGUAGAAAGUAUUGGUUCAUUGCAAGACGCAUUUUCAUUGAAGCAGAAAAUGGUGAAGUAUGGUAUUACACUUCAGUUCAACAGUUUCAAGAAUUGCUAAGUAUACUGGAUGGUGAUGAAAUGGAAGCUCCACUUGUCAGAGAACUUUUAGAAAUGAAACAAGAAAUUAUUAGACAAAUGGAUAUUACAGAAAAGUUAACCAAUCAAGCAAAAGGGAAUAGAAAAUCCUAUUUGGAGGUUGAGAAUAGCAACAUAAUUAAACAAAGUAAGUUAAGAGAAGAACAAAAAGACAAUGCAGAUAAUGAUCAAUUUAAACUAGAGGAUGAUAAAAGUGAAACUGGAAUAUCUUUAGUCACUGAUGGGGAUGUUGUGAAUGAAGUGACUGUUACUAGUGAAGAUACUCCAAAAGAAGAUAAUGAUGAGUAUCAACAUAAUUUAGAUGAUGAAUCAAAGAGAUUAAAAAAUAAUCAACAUAAUAAAAUAAAGUUAACGGUACAAAGGAAAACUGAAGAAGUUACUGAAAGGGUAACACGCUUAAAAUCAAACCAAAUUUCAAAUGGCACAUAUCUCUUCAAAUUGGGUAAUGAAAAUGCAUUCAAAACCUAUGUCAAUCAAUAUACAAGCAAUCCUUUGGCGUUGAACAAACCACAAAGGAAUGAGGAAAGAGAUAAGAAAAGAUAUAUUUCACAUAAAUUUUCACUAUCAUCAGGACAAGAGUUUAAAUGGAUUGGAUUAUUAAAUGCAACAAGACCCUUAUUAGUGGCAACGUUAAGGCAAACACUGUUGCACUUUGAAUCAAAUAUAGUUUUACAAUUCAUGCAUCCAAAUUGGUCCCUUUUAAGGAAACCAUGGGUACAAGCUGUGCAGUUAUGUCAAGCACCACGAGAUUUUGCGAGGGCCCUAUGUGUUCUUCAGGCAUGUAUCAAAAGUGUAGUGUGGGUGCCUGCUUGGCAUGAGCAAUUAGGUCAUGUAAGGCUUAUAAGAACUACUGCUGCUGAGCGAGAAGAACGUAAAAAAUUAGAUAAAAGAGAGAAAAAAGAAAGAGAUGAAGAAGAGGAACGAUACAGAACAGCAUACAAUUUUGUCAAGUAUUCUUUAGGUCUUCGUCACCAGGUAUGGAAACAAAAGGGAGAAGAAUAUAGAAUUCAUGGACAGUGGGGCUGGCUGUGGAAUUCAUCUGCAAGAAAAUAUAAAAAAUAUAAUGCUAAUCCUAAAUUAAGUCUACUUAAUGGACCAGCUAAAAUAGCUGUUAGAGUUAGGGAAGGAAAUACUAUUAAAGUUUUGGCAGUUGAACCAAAAACUUAUGAAUACUUGACAUCAAAAGAUGCUGCUGAUAAUGAAGUUUUAGAAAAAUUACCAGUAUCAAUGCGCAAUAUGAAACUUGAAAAGGAAAUAGACGAUUUUGAAGAAAUAGACGUAGAAAAAUCCUUAAGCUCCUCAACUAGGAGGUAUUACCCAAAAAUCGCAAGAAAAUCUAAAUUAGAUGAUUUUCUUGCGCGUCGUACAUAUCUUAAAUUUAUGGAAGAAAAGAAAUUAGGUAAUUUGUUAGCUAAUAUAAAAAAGGAAGAAGAGGUGGAUGUUAAAAUUGAAGAUGAAAAAAACGUUGAUGUGGAAUCAGAGGAUCCAGAAAUAGAUGCAACAUCAAUUUGUGACUCUACUAUAGAAUCAAACCCCAAGAUUUCCACUUCUAUCGCUCAAAAUGUAGAAUGUCUUAGAGAUCAAUAUCAGAAGUUAAACCAAUUGACAAAACACUAUAAAUGUUAUUCGACAGGAUGUACAAAAACUGAGUUAACGGUUAUAAAUCAAAUUUCCACAGGGUUCAAAAUUAAUUGCUAUUCACCAUUAUGUAUUGAAAAAGGCAAGUUACUAAAUGAACUUUUAUUUGUAUUAAAAGAUGGGGCUAUAAGUUCGACGCAUUUACUCAAUUCAAAAGAAAAUAAUAAAAUGUCAAUUUUAGAGCAGUACCUGUUGGGAAAAAGCUCUAACUCCAAAGAAAAUAUUUUGACAGAUUUGUUAUCUGCGGUUGCAUGUGCUCAAGAGUGUGACAAUAAAAAUACAGAUUGUUUUGUCAAAAGGAAAUCAAGUAGCAGUGUUGAUGGGAUUGUUAAAGUUGAAAAGAAUGAAAAUGAUCAAUCUAUGUGCCUUAUAAAAUCAGAAAGCACUUUGGAAGAAUCCGCUGUACCGGCUGUGGGAAAUGAAAUGGACAUUGAUAUAACAAGCAAUAAUAAUGAUGAUAGUGAAGUAGAAAUUGGCCCCUUAAAAGAAUUAACAGAUGGUGAAGUCCAAGGACAACAAAAUGAAAACAAUGAUAAUGAGUGUAAUAAAUCCCGCCCGCCAAUACCUAAACUAAAAAUAACACGGGGGAGGUCCAGCAAAGUGUCUAAUGCAGGUAAUUCGGGCCCUAGCAAUAAUCAAUCAGAUUCAUCUUAUGAAUGUUCUGUUACAAUAAACAAAAAUGAAGAUAAACCGAAAUAUAGGGCGACUGUAAAUAGACGAUUUGGUCAUUCAAGAUCUAUUAAAAAAGAAGAAAAGGUUAUAAAGGAAGAAAAAGUAGAAGGUGUAACUAGAGUAUAUUCUUCAGAAAAUGCUCAGGGAAAAGUAUAUCUUAAAAGAGUGCAGACAUCGGCCAUUGAAAAGAAAAAGAAAAGAACUCCUGUGAAAUAUCCUUUAUGUUCAACAUUCCACACUAAAAGUAAAGCGAAAACCAUCAUGGUUUUACCCCAUCAUGAAUUGAGAAAACUUUGUAGACAAUCUGGUCAUAGCACUGUUUCUGGGUUCAGUCAUAAUGCGAAACCUAAUCAAGCUGUAUGGCCGUAUCCCUGUGCUAGACCUCUUUUUAAAACCUGUUGGCUAUAUCGUACUGUAAAUCUUCAAUGGUUAGCAAGUGCAGCUUUGCAGCUCCGAAUAAUGUGGGCAUGUUUGAGGUGGGAUGAUAUGGCUGCUAAGCCUGCUACAGCUGAUGGUAAACAUCAGCUGACAACAGACACUGAAAUAGUUUCUCUGGAACUGUUAAAACAUCGACACAUAGGUCAAUUUUCAGAAAGAACGCAAUACUUGCGUCGUAAAGUUGUAAUACCCCUUGAAUUACCUAAAACUGUACGUGAAGUUACUUCAAUUAGAAGUGGAUUAAGAAAACGUAAACGGGCGGAAUCUCCGCAAAACACGGAACCUCAGGUAUCAGAAGAGUGGGUGGAUGAAGAAAAAUUAGAAUUAUGGGAAGUACGUCAGUAUGGAGAACGUGCAGAGCGCGUUACUCCCGUAACACGACAAACAACUGGCAAACUUCCACAAAGGAAUGUAGUACCAACACCACCCAAUGCUGCAGAUCUUAAAGAUAAAAUGGAACAGCAACUGCGCGAACAACGAGCUGCUCAUCAACAGAAAAGAGCUUUAGAAAUGUCACAGGAUAAAAUGAAGUCGACGCCUAACCAAAAUUCUGGGAAAAGCACUUUAACUUCUUUGCUUACUACAAAUUCAACGACACCAACAGGUCAAAAAACAGUAAUCGGUACCAGAAGAAUUAUAAUGACUAAAGGUGCAGAUGGGACUACUCGCGUAAUAAGUCAAUCUGUGACUGGAUCACCAAAAUCAGUAGCAUCAGUAGAAACUACAAAAACCCAUGCAAGUCAACAAAAAGAUGGACCACAAAAGGUCCAAAUAAUACGUGCACCCGAUGGAAAAUUAACUGUUAGAGGCUUACUAGCCGGGCAACAGUUGAUACAGCUACCAGAUGGAAAACUGCACAUAGUUAUGGCUGGACAACAAGGUGUUUCUGGACAAUUGGUGUCAGCUUCUUUAACCCCAAAAGUCACGGAAUCAGAUACACCUAAAGACAAUCCUGAGAAAAAGAUUGCUGUGAAAGUUAGUACGGAAGAAGCGAAAAGGACCGCAACGCCGACCUCGGUGCCUCGUAUUUUACGGCAGUCGGCGCAGCAGAGUGCGGUGCAUGGCAACCGGCAGCUCGUAGUGCAGCCGGCGCAGCAGGUCGUGGUGCAAUCGCCGCAGCAAGUUGUGGUUCAGCCGUCGCAACAGGUGGUGGUGCAGUCGUCGCAGCAGAUGGUGGUGCAAUCGUCGCAGCAGGUGGUGGUGCAGGCGGGCGCGCGCGCCGCCCCGCAGCCCGUGCAGUCGCGUGCGCCCGUGCACACGCUGCUGCUGCAGGGCCAGAUGCUGCAGCGCCCCCCGCGCCCGCAGCCGACCCCGCCCCCGCCCCGCGCGCGCCCCGCCACACAGCAAAUCGUCGUCAACAACCCGGUGCUCGUGCAGCAGAUAGCCGCUGGCAAAAUACAACUGGCCACCGUUAACGGUCAACAGGUGCUGAUAAGACCCACUGGGAACAACCAGGCGCAGAUCGUGGCGCACAUUGGGCAGAGCCCGGGAGUGACGGCGGGUGUCGCAGCGGCCGCGGUGGCCACGGCCGCGCCGCCGCCCGCUCCGGCCGCGCCGCCCGCGCCGCGCCCCGCCCUGGCCGUGCCGGCUCCCUCCCCGCAGCUCCAGCAAAUGACCGAAGACCAAAUUAUGGAAAAGGAGCUUUUAGCUGGCCAGCCUCCAGGAACAGUCAUCAAAACAGUGACGGCACAGGUGAUGCAAACAAGUAGCGGCCCAAGCAUUGUGCUUCAAGGUUUACACGGAUACUCAAUGUCGCCUCAGCAGUUGGCCCUUGUACAACAUCAAGUUAAACAACAACUACUAAAAGCUCAAGAAUCAACUGGAAAACAAGGUAUGCUGGGACCUAGAAAAAUGUAUCUAGCGGUGCACCCACCGCCAAACACGACAACGCUAACCAAUAUUACGGCACCACCUACAUUACAGCCAAUCCAACCAAUCCAGUCAAUCCAGCCACUUCAGCCUCUUCAACCACUUUCUUUGCCCACACACCAGGAAGGUAAUGAGGAGGGUCAAACAAAACGUCAAACUCUAGUAAAUGGGGAAGAUAAUGUUGCUGAAGCAGCUAGCCACAAGGAGGCCAUUCCUUCUAAACCUGAAGAUAUACACGAAAAUAAUACUAAAACUGAUAUAGUUAAUUCUGCUCAUGAAGGCUUGCAAGGCAAUAAAUUCGUUUUAACUCCAGACUAUAUACAGCAGACGAUAAAAAGUGCACUGAAGCAGGAAAACCUGAACCCGGAGAUUGAGGAGAAACUGCUCCAGCUGCAGCGGUACCAGGAGAAGCAAAUGAAACCGGAAGUGCAGCCAGAGCGCGAGGUACGCGCGGUGGUGGCGGCCGCGCACUCGCCCUCGCCCCCGCGGCGCCGCGCCACCUCGCGCCACGACGACGACGACGAGUGGCUGGAGAGCAGCAGCAGCCCCCGCAAGCGCGCCCGCCCACCGCGCGCGCUCUCCCCCUCCCCCUGCCCCUCCGCGUCCGCGUCGCCGUGCCCCGCGCCGCGGGCCGCCCCGCUCGCCGCCGCCGCCGCCCCCGCCCCGGCCGCCGCCCCCGCCACCGACGCCCCCACCGCCGCCGCCACCGCCGCCGCCGUCACCCCCGCCGCCACGCUCGAGGACCGUCGGCGCGCCGCCUCCAACCACUCGCGGCUGCAAAUGCUUCUUUUCAAGCACAAGGAGAUGCUGAAAAAGGACAUCAUCAAAAAACGUGGACUGCUGGAGAAGGAGCUCGGGGUUGAAAUACAGAAGGAGUUGUCGGCGGAGCUGGCGCUGCGGACGCGCGCGGAGCGCAGCAAGCAGGAGGAGGUGCGCGGCGGCAAGCGGCGCACCGCCUCGCACUCUGCGCGGGACGCACGUGACGCACGCGACGCACGUGACGCACGAGACGCGCGUGACAUACGUGACGCACGCGACGCACGUGACGCACGAGACACGCCGCACCGCAACAACAAGAAGCCCACCAAAAAAGAGAAGCUGCUCUGCAUCUGUCGCACGCCCUACGAUAACACCAAAUUUUAUGUGGGCUGCGAACAUUGUAGCAACUGGUUCCACGGUGAUUGUGUUGGAGUGACUGAGGAAAUGAGCAAGUCAAUAGAGGAGUACAUUUGCCAGGAUUGCCGACGUGCCGCAGAAACUCAGGAACUCUAUUGUCUGUGCCGGCAACCAUACGACAACUCUCAGUUCUACAUAUGUUGUGAUAGAUGCCAAGAUUGGUUCCAUGGUCGAUGUGUUGGUAUCCUGCAGUCAGAAGCAGAUAAUAUUGAUGAAUAUGUUUGUCCCAAUUGUCAGAAAAACAAUUCUGUAAAUUACGCAAAUAUGAAAGAACUCACUGCAAAAGACUUUGAAAACUUAAAGAGGCUUGUUAAACAAAUACAAUUACAUAAAAAUGCUUGGCCAUUUAUGGAGCCGGUAGACCCAAGAGAAGCACCAACAUAUUACAAAGUAAUAAAGGAGCCAAUGGAUCUGCAAACAGUGGAGAGAAAAGUGAAUGAACAAACUUAUAGUACGUUAAGUGAAUUUAUUGGUGACAUGACUAAAAUCUUUGAUAACUGUCGGUAUUUUAAUCCAAAGGACUCCGAAUUUUACCGAUGUGCGGAAAGUUUAGAAGCGUAUUUUGCACAAAAAAUUAAAUAUUUUCGGGAAAAACUUUUUGAAACGACGCAAUGA